AUGUUGUGCAAUUACCAUGCAGAAACCAACACAACAGAUAAUAAAUCUCGUACACCCAUCUUUCAUGCCAUUCGCGCUGAGAACGAGACAAUUAUUCGCCUGCUCCUCUCCGACAAGAGAACAGAUAUUAAUUGGCAAGAUCAAGAUAAGCAAACUCCACUGUUAUAUGCCAUUAGCAGGAACCUUUUGUCUACAGUCUCACUUCUGUUGGAUUUUAAGCCGUGUCUGGAUAAAGAGGAUGGCGAGCAGCGCUCUGCAAUCUGGUAUGCCAUUGCACAUUGCGAUGAGAACCUCGUGCAAGCCCUUCUGCAAAGAGGCAGUGAUGUACAAAGGCAAGGCUCUAAAAGAUUUUCGCCAAUCAGUCUUGCUAUUGCCAAGAAGAAUAGGAAAAUAACCCGGAUGCUACUCCGCCAUUCAGAUCCUAGCACAGGAAAGUCUUUACUUGAAGAUGGCAAUGUCAGAGAAAGUCUCCUCCACCGGGCUGUAAAGGCAGACCUCAAAGAUAUCAUCCUGCUACUGGUUGCCCAUGGUGCAAAUCCGAAUAUCAGGAAUGAGUAUCACGAGACUUUGUUGCAUCAAGCCGCAGGAAAGGGUGACAGGAACAUGGCCCAACAGCUGCUUGUCUAUAAAAAGACAUCCGUCGACGCGAGAGACAGUUACGGUCGCACCGCCUUGCAUAUUGCAGCAGAAUACGGCCACAAGUCGAUUACGGGGCUGCUCUUGACCCGUGAUGAUGUGGAUAUCAAUGCCCUAGACGUUAAUGGGGCAACAGCACUCUGCUUAGCUGUGCAGAAUGGGAAUACUGCCAUAGCCUUGCAAAUUCUCGCAGAGGAUAAUGUGAAAAUCAACGUGGCAGGUCGAGAUGGCAGGACCGCUCUUCAUUCUGCGACAGUGAUGGGGAAUAUACCCAUCAUAGCUGUCCUUCUCGCCAAGGAUGAUCUAGAUCCCAAUAUGCUUGAUGAAGAAAAAUGGGCGCCUGUCACCUAUGCUGCUUCUCAAGGAGAUUUACGCAUGGUGGAACUAUUUCUCGGAAGAGCAGACAUAGAAGUUAACGUGCAAGGAGCCCCUCCACUGUUCCGUGCUGCCAUCGAGGGCCAUCUAGACGUUUUACGUCGAUUACUUUGCUUUGAUACCAUCAAUAUCAACCAGACGUACCGGGAUGAGUCGCCUCUCUGUGCUGCCUCUGCGAUGGGACACCUUGAAGUUACGAAACUCCUGCUGAGACACACACCCCCACCCAACAUCAACUUCAAAACCUACAUGGGACGCACUGCGCUUUCCUUGGCAGCUUCCGGUGGGCACUCGCAUAUUGUAGGUCUCUUGCUUCAAGAAGAAAGACUGGAUGUUGCUGCUACUGAUACCUUCAAGGAGACGGCAUUAUGCCAUGCAGCUCGGAAUGGGCAUGAGCAGGUCGUCAUGCAUCUCUACAAGGACCCUCGGGCACGAAAUGGUAGUGAUGUGCAAAGAGCCAUUGAAGCAGCUUCGAGCCUCAAAAUUGCGCUUUAUCUGCAAGCUCAUGUAAAUGAGCAAGGCAGCUUUUGCGCUAGGCCUUGA